CUCUCUCAUCACCACAACGAUUUUCUCUCUUUCUCUCUCACGAUUCAAAAAGUUAAACAAAACCAUUGUCUUCUCAAUCUUCCUUCUCCAAAAAUGGCAGAAGCAACAACAGUAUCAUCGCCAUUGAAGCGUCAAAGAGAUGAGCAAGAACAAGAAAUCAUCAUAACACAAGAAGAAACAAAAAGACAAAAGCCUUCUUCAUCUUCUUCCUCGUACAACCAAGUUCGAACUCUCCUAGAUGAUAUAGAAGUAGUAGAAGAUGAAGCCGACAAUGACAUAACUUCCCUAAUCACCACUUUUCAGCAAGAAAUCUCUAAUAAAGAACAGAACGCUGCCGUUUUUGAAGAGAACCCUUCUCUAUCUUCUUCUUGCUCCUCCUCUUCGUCGUCUUCAUGCACUUUUAAAGAAGAUGAGUACGAAGAAGAUAAAGAGAAGGUGAUGAAGCAUCUUCUUGAAGCUUCUGACGACGAACUUGGGAUCCCUAACACUGAAAUUGGCGGGAGUAAUUAUGAGAUGAUUAAGAGUGAGACUAAUCAGGAUUACGUUAAUGGGUUUAGUUUAUUAGAUGGGUUUGGUGUUGGGCUUUGGGAGCUUGAGGAUGAAGCAGCUAAUUAUUACACGUUGCUGCAAUCAGAACUGUUCAUGUAGGGGAGGGUAAAAUAGGAAAACGAAAAAAGGAGGAUUAGUAAAAAGGGAAAGUAAAACUGUAAAAGACCAAAUAUGAUGAUGAAGAGUGAAAAGGAGGAGACUAUUUUCUUUAAUGGAAAUUAUUCUUUUUCAUUAUUGGGUUUUUCGUUUUUUUCCAAUGUGAAUUUGACAAGUGUCCAGUACACUUUUUAUUUGUUUAGUUUACUAAAAUGAUUUAUAUUGGGUUUUUGGUUAAUUUCUAGUGGGACUAAUGAUAAUGAUACUAUUUCAUU